GCCUUUGCUGGGACUAUAAAAGGCGCUUUAAAUAAUUCUGUAGUUUGCUUUUUUUUUUCUUUUUUUUUCGAUAAACUCCCCUCUCCUCUUUCUUCUUAAUUUAUCUAACCACAAAUCAUCAAAAUGGCUACUGAAAGCAAGGUCAACCAACAAAACAAGUUCAUGAUUGAUUUCCUCAUGGGUGGUGUUUCCGCCGCUGUCUCCAAGACUGCUGCUGCCCCUAUUGAACGUAUCAAGCUUUUGAUCCAAAACCAAGAUGAAAUGAUCAAGCAAGGUCGUCUCUCUUCCCCUUAUAAGGGCAUUGGUGAUUGUUUCGCUCGUACCUUGAAGGAUGAAGGUGCCAUUUCCUUCUGGAGAGGUAACACCGCUAACGUUAUCCGUUACUUCCCCACCCAAGCUUUGAACUUUGCUUUCAAGGAUAAGUUCAAGCGUAUGUUCAACGCCAAGAAGGAUAAGGAUGGUUACUGGACCUGGUUCGCCGCUAACUUGGCUUCCGGUGGUUGUGCUGGUGCCGCUUCUCUCUUCUUCGUCUACUCUUUGGAUUAUGCUCGUACUCGUCUUGCUAACGAUGCCAAGUCUGCCAAGAAGGGUGGUGAACGUCAAUUCAACGGUUUGAUCGAUGUUUACAAGAAGACCUUGAAGACUGAUGGUAUUGCCGGUCUCUACCGUGGUUUCAACAUCUCUUGUGUUGGUAUCAUUGUCUACCGUGGUCUCUACUUCGGUAUGUACGAUUCCCUCAAGCCUAUGCUUCCUGCUAACCUCCAAAGCAACUUCUUGGCUACCUUCCUUCUCGGUUGGGCUGUCACCACCGGUUCCGGUCUUGCUUCUUAUCCUAUUGAUACUAUCCGUCGUCGUAUGAUGAUGACUUCCGGUGCUGCCGUCAAGUACGACUCUUCCAUGCACGCUUUCCGUGAAAUUGUCGCUAAGGAAGGUACCAAGUCCCUCUUCAAGGGUGCUGGUGCUAACAUUCUCCGUGCUAUUGCUGGUGCUGGUGUCUUGUCUGGUUAUGAUUACCUCCAAGUCUGGCUUUUCGGUAAGAAGUACUAAAGUUCUGAUAUAGACUCCUACGUUUAUAUCAUUCCUCUAGUUCAAACUUCUUAAAAAAAAAAAAAAAAAAAAAAA